AAAAUUCAUUCUGAAAGGAUAAUCUUUGUCAUAUCUUAUUUGAAAUGUUUUGUUAAAUCACAGCUGAUUCUAAAUCUGAAGAGUCUAGCUGUAUGUGAACAGAAGCUGCAUUCCUUCUGGGUGUCCAAAGCUAAAAGUGUAAUGAAUCAAAUCCAUCCGGAUGGGGGGCUCUGCAUGAGCAGGUCACCGGGUGGUGCGCAGAACUUAAUUCACUCUAAUAGGAUUACCUGUCCCAAGCUGAGAUGGCUAAGCACCACCUCGCCUAUUCAAACGUGAGUACCGUGAAGUGCUUUUCAUGCCAGUGUUUUAUUGUUAUUGUUUGCUUCUGUUAGAAUCUAUAAAUCUGCCAUAUUGGAUUAUCAGUAAUCAGCCCAUCUAUGGGGUAGCGUGUUAGAACAUCCAACAGACCUGGCAUCAGCUGAGUGACAUGGGGCUGCUGGAUAAGCUGUCAGGCUGGCUCGGCCUGAAGAAGAAAGAAGUCAAUGUUUUAUGUUUGGGGCUGGACAACAGCGGCAAAACCACCAUAAUCAACCAGCUCAAACCAGCUAACCAUCCAAAUCAUUUAGGCCCCUUGUCAGAAGAGUGGAAACAUGUUAGUCAGACGCAGGCACAAGAAAUAGUUCCAACUAUCGGCUUCAACAUUGAGAAGUUCAAGAGUUCGAGCCUGUCGUUUACGGUCUUCGACAUGUCGGGUCAAAGCCGAUACAGAAGCCUGUGGGAGCAUUAUUACAGGGAGAGUCAUGCUGUCAUAUUCGUCAUCGACAGCAGUGACAAACUGAGAAUGGUUGUAGCUAAAGAGGAGCUUGAUACGUUUCUAAACCACGAUGAUGUCCUCAACAAAAAGAUCCCCAUAUUGUUCUUUGCUAACAAGAUGGACCUACGGGACGCGCAGUCUUCUGUCAAGGUCUCCCAGAUGUUGUGUUUGGAGCGAAUUAAAGACAAGCCCUGGCACAUCUGUGCCAGCAAUGCCAACAAAGGAGAGGGUCUGCAGGAAGGGCUGGACUGGCUGCAAGACCAAAUUGCACAAUCGUAUCAAAACCAUGAACACGUAAACAACCAGACUUAAUUCUGGGUUGGAAACUUGACUCGCUCACUUUUCAGUAUUCAUAUCUUAAUGUUGUAGGCCUUAAACCACACAUCACAGAGCCUAGCGCUUACCUGAAAACGUAAUAUAAAUGUGUAAAAUGUUUAUUGGAUAAACUUCCAGCUUUUCACAGCAUCAGACGCAAAAUGGAAAUGCUGUCUAAAUAUAAAAUGUCUUUUUCCUGUAACACUUUGUUAGAAGCUGCUGCUUUUUUAUUGCUAUGACACAUUUUAUUAUUUUGAGCCAGUGAGAAACUUGCUUAAACUGUUGAAUGUUUUACUGACUGGAAACAUGUUCCUGAGCGUUUAUAUAUUUCAAGUGUUUAGUAAAAAAAGAUCAAAAUACAAAAAAUGCUGGUUUAUUACAUGAAAUAAAAUGUAUUUAGAGAAUGAAAUGUGAGUAAAUACUGUAAAAUAAGAUUUACUGUUAAUAAAUAUGAAAUAUGUUAAUAAAACUUUAACAUCAAAGAAGAAAAAUGUCUGAAGUUUGGUCAAAUUUUAUAAAUAACUCAGAGGUGUGUCUGUCUGAGCUCAGGUUUGUUCUCACCUCUGUACUUUAAAAGAACAACCUGUUUUACAGCUAUAACUAGUUAACUUGUUAAAUCACUGGUGUGUUUUUGUUUUACCUCCCAACUCGUUGGGUUACUUUGGAGUUUAGGAGGACGUGAACCAUCUGGAAAGCCUCUCUGUUCUCCAAGUCAUUUCCUGGAAAGGGAUGGCAUCAUUGGAUUAUAAAACAAAAAACAUCUUGGAAAAUUUGACACACUUAAGCAUAUGGAUUAGGAUUAUGGAGAUAGCUAGAGAGUUUCAGAAGAUGACAAACAAAAACAUUUAAAGGUCUGUCAGAGAUCAUCUCGUCUGGUCUAACAAGACUUUGUCCAAAAAUAAUAAACUUUACUUUUACAUGGUUGAUAUAUCAUUUAGCCGUUUUAGAGCUGUGGAGCACUGAACAACCAUUUUUAAUGAUUAUUUCUGACUCUAACGGGUCACUGAGUUUUUCAUGCAGGCCAAACAUGAAAGUAGUCUCCUACACCUAUCUCCUGCAUUAGCUUCUGAUAGAAAACAGACGGUGAAACUCUAGGAUUAGAAAAGCCUGACAGAUCUGCGUCACACUGUCACUAACAUUCAUGGACUAACCCAUCUGAACUCAUGACGGGGACGGCUGUUGUUGGUUUAGUGUCCAGGAAACAGCAGAGAAUAUCUCGGCUUAGAAAAGCUAACUGUUAGCAUUAGCAACUCCUCCAGGCUUGUGUUGUUUGUGGAGAUAAAACAUCAACGUUUUAGAGUAGUGUUGCUGUUAGCCAAUAAGAGGGAGAGAUGUCCAAAUCCUGUGGUUUUCAGCUCAGUUCUGACAAUUUUUAGUUUCUGAAACUGAUGCACCCACCGGAGCUGUUUCCCCAGAGUGCGACUUACAAGGCACUCAUUCCUACUAGAGACCCCUGUAGACAUAUUGAUUAAACGAGUGUUCCACACCUUUAAAUUACAUUCUCUACUUUUUAAAAGAAUUUGCUCUGCAGGAAUACUAAAAAUGUAUCACGAUAGGAAAAAAGCAUACCAAAAAAAAAAAUUCAUAUUGGUCGAUAUUAUUGGUAACUAUAGAAAAACGUAGAAAAUACAUUUCAAGUACAGCCCUGACCAUUUUAUGUCAUUGGUUUUUAGAGAUUCUAUGCUCAUUUUGCUGACUUGUAAAAAUCCAACUAUCGCCAUGCUGGCGAGCUACUGUAGCCUUAUACCAUUACUGCACAUGAUGUAGAUUUUAGACCAUAUCAGCCAUUCUCACCUGCUAGGGCUAAUCUAAAGGUCUCCCAGGUCAUUUCUGAAAACAUGUUCUCUAGUUGCUCUAUGAAGGGGAGCAUUUCAGGCUUGGUGCUGAACAGCUUGGAGAUCUGCUGAACCAUUUUCCCUACCUAGUCCACGUGGUGGUUGUCCUCACUCACCUGAAGCAGCAAGCAGGAAAAUUAAAUUGAAUCAUCAGUUACAGGGCCCUUUUCUGGAUACAGAUCUGGUUUAUUCUUGAUUUAGCUGUCCACACAAAGAAAUGAUCAAAGGAUGAACAGAAAACUUUCUAACAAUAAAAUAACUAAGCAACUGUUCAGAUAUUGUUAGAGAAAAUGCUUCUAGUCAUUGUGUCACCAUGGUUACCUGGAUCAGGUGGGUGAUGAGUAAGGUUGCCAACUUUCUCUCAGCAAAAUAAGGGACAUUUUUUUGGUAUUUGGAAAAACUCCAAUACAAAAACAGAACACAACCUUAGAAGGAUAAUCAAGAAAUUUAUGUAAAUAUGCAGCUUGCAUGGGAACACACAUGAAUAUCAUACUGGGGAAACAGUAAAAGUAAAACUGUAAAAGGUUCAAAAUUAUGUACACAUUUCAACAUUAGGCAGUAGUAUUGUUUUGUAUCCUUACAGAAAUUGAACUUCAUAUGUAUGAAUAAACCUGAAUACAAUCACAGCUUGAACAUUUAUAGCAAACAUAUAUAACACAUAUAUUCCAAAUGGCAACAGAUUUCAUGACACAAAGUGUAUUAUUUCCAUGGAUAUUUUUUGUUGCUCCUGACUAACAUUUCACUUCCUCACUCAGAGAAAAGUCCUUGCAUGACAGGUCACAAUUUGCAGUAAUUAGAAGUUAAUUCUUGAUCAGUUGAGAGCUGCAUCUGUUUCUGGAGUCCGAACAUUUUUAGUUUUAACAGUGAAGAUCCUCUCAACAGAACUCAGAACUUUAUCCAAAUAUGCAGCUUGCAUGGAAACACGCAUGGAUUUUAUACUGGUGAAACGGUUCAAAUCAUGUAUACAUUUCAACAUUCAAGCAGUAGUAUUGUAGUGUAUCCUUAAAGAAAUUGAACUAAUAAACCUGAACCGAAAUCAUUACAGCUUUAUAGGAGUUAAACUGAUUCCAAAUGAUAUGAGGGAAUAGAUGUCAUGACUCAACACCUAGUUUUUCCAUGGAUAUUUUUUGUUGCUCCUGACUGACUCAAGCAUUUUUUUGUCAUUUUGCACAGCCAGAGAAAAGUCCUUGCAUGACAGGUCACAGUUCACAGUUAUUAGAAGCUCGUUUUUGAUCAGUUCAGUGCUGCAUCUGUUUCUGGAGUCUGACCAUUUAUUAGUCAUUACAGAGAAGAUCCUCUCAACAAAAGCGUUUGAGCCUGGCACACUGAGAACAAAUGAGACAAUCUUGAACAGGUUGGUCAGGUUGGCUUUGCCUGUGUUCUGUAUGACUGCCAUCCACUUCUCGCUGGUGGUUUUUGCUUUAU